AUGGUGGAAAUGGUGUUUGCGACUGGUACUCGUGAUCAUCAUUUGGUGUCGCGUGAAUCGAGUUACGUUGAGAGUCUUCGAAAGCUCGAGCCCGAUUGCAGUUUUGGUCCUGCUCCUAAUAUUGGUGCAAUGUGUCCUGGUGGUAUGACGUGGAUCGAAUAUCACACAUUGAAGGUGGAAGUGGGCGUCUCACGAGGAUGGUCGUAUUUGAAUCGGAAAGCGGAUCAAUGGAGGCAAUUUCCCGGCGUCAAAUACAUUCUCUGCAUUC